UUCACGGUUUAGUUACCGCUUUGGGAUCAUUAAGCGCACAUCGCUUUAGUUAGCCGCACGAUCGGAUCGCUUGUCGCUAUCUUUCGAAACGCUUGUUCUUCUCUGUUGUAGUUGGCAUUGUUGCGCGCGCACAAAGCAAAACUAACUAAUUAGAAGUGAACACGAAACUACAUACAUACAACAAAUGUAAACAACAAUAACAAACGAAAACUAAUUAAUAAAUCAUCAACGAAUUCAAACUAACUUUUAACUAAAUUUUUGCAAAUAAUCAAUAAACGAAAAUCGAAAAUCUAAAAUCGCAAAGUACAACAAAAAUACAUAUUUACAUAUACGAGUAUACUUCGAUUAAACAGUAAAUAUUUUGAAGGAAUUUCGCAAAUUGUGUGUUGUUGUUGCAGUUGCCACGCGUCUAAGUGUUACCCCGAAAUCGUGAUACAAAGUUAGAAUAAACAAACGCUUCUCACCUGUUCGAUUUGUUGUCCCUGUGUUUGUGUGUGUGUACUCGUGCGCACGUGAGAUUAUCGAGCGGCUGUAUUAACGACUUACAAAUGGCUCGCCAUAUUUUCCUGUUGGCCUCACUGCUGCUGAGCUGCCUACUGCUAGGCGCUCAGGUGGAUGCCAAAGAAUAUAUGCGUUGUCAAUUAGCGCGAGAGCUUUUGCAGAAAUACGGCAUUAACAAGACUUUUCUUUCCAACUGGAUCUGCUUGGUCGAACACGAAAGUAAUUUAAGUACCAAAGCGGUGAAGCGGAAUCCCAACGGCAGCGCCAGUUACGGACUCUUCCAGAUCAGCAGCAAAGAAUGGUGUGGCGUUAGUCGCAAGGGUGGCCUUUGCGAUAAGAAAUGUGAAGACUUCCUGGAUGACAACAUUGCCGAUGAUGUGGCGUGUGCGAAGCGUAUAUUCGAACGAGCGGGUUUCAAAAAUUGGCCCGGCUGGAAGGCGUCAUGCCGCAACACCCAGAACCUGCCGAAUCUUGGCGUGUUUUGCAACAUACAGACAGUGAGAGCGACACGAGCAUUACGAAUUAAACAGCAUGAUACUUAUUAAAAUUUUAAUAUUAAAUAGGUUUAAACGAUAGUGGAACAGGGUGGAGUGUAGUGGCAUUUUGUUGCCACCAAACAGCAAAAUGCUACACCAUACUUCCCAUAGACAUAUGUACGUCACCAAUUGCGUGACUUUAUUACGGAACUCCACACCUACGAUUGGCAACGCUACUUACUGUAUAAAAAUAAAUAAAUAUUGAAAAAGAAACGAAAGAAUUAAAAUAUUUCUCAGAAAAAAAAUUAGAAUUAAAUUGUUAAAAAACAUUCGUCAAAAUCAAUAAUAUUUUUAUUUAAAAAUUAGUAGUUAAUUAUUUAAGAUAUUUCAUUAAAAUUAUGAAUUUCUUUUGAGCUUC